GAGCGCCGUGGAAGUCGCGCGGCCGGCGUCGCGCCAAGCUUCGCUUGGAGGUGCUGUCUCACGGGUGAGACCGGGAAGUCGGCUAGGCUCGCGUUCUGUCGGAUCUGGAGCCCCUGGCCUGCCGCCACCAUGGAGUACCUCAUCGGUAUCCAAGGCCCCGACUAUGUUCUUGUCGCCUCCGAUCGGGUGGCCGCCAGCAAUAUUGUCCAGAUGAAGGACGAUCAUGACAAGAUGUUUAAGAUGAGUGAAAAAAUAUUACUUCUGUGUGUUGGAGAGGCUGGAGACACUGUACAGUUUGCAGAAUAUAUUCAGAAAAACGUGCAACUUUAUAAGAUGCGAAAUGGAUAUGAAUUGUCUCCCACCGCAGCAGCUAACUUCACACGCCGAAACCUGGCUGACUGUCUUCGGAGUCGGACUCCGUAUCAUGUGAACCUCCUCCUGGCUGGCUAUGAUGAGCAUGAAGGGCCAGCGCUCUACUACAUGGACUACCUGGCAGCCUUGGCCAAGGCCCCUUUUGCAGCCCAUGGCUAUGGUGCCUUCCUGACUCUCAGUAUCCUGGACAGAUACUAUACACCGACUAUCUCACGUGAGAGGGCAGUAGAGCUUCUUAGGAAAUGUCUGGAGGAGCUCCAGAAACGCUUCAUCCUGAAUCUGCCAACCUUCAGUGUUCGAAUCAUUGACAAAAGUGGCAUCCAUGACCUGGACAACAUUUCCUUCCCCAAACAGGGCUCCUAAUGUCAUGCCCACCUUCCCUCCCACUUGCCAAGGAACUUUUUCUUGCUGGCCUCCUUUAUUUUUUUUUUCUACUCUUUUCAGGUGCAUUCUUGAUAAAUGGUUAAUUCAGAAUAAAGGUGACUGGAUAUAAUUGA